UAGAAAGAAGGGCUACCUCCACUGUAAUCGCAACUUCUUCUGUCUCAGCCUCCACUCCUGCGUCUGUAAGCAAGCAAAUUGGGGCACAAAAACAUGGGGAAGAAGACUAAGAAGGCCGGUAAAGGAAAGGAGAAAACUGAGAGAAAAACCGCAAAAGCAGAGGAGAAGAAAGCACGACGAGAAGACAAAAAGCUCUCUCCUGAAGACGACAUCGACGCUAUUCUCUUGAGCAUACAGAAGGAAGAGGCUAAGAAGAAAGAGGUCAAUGUUGAGGAAAAUGUGCCAGCGCCAUCUCCUAGGUCAAAUUGCUCGCUCACUAUAAACCCCUUGAAAGAAACUGAGCUGAUACUCUAUGGAGGCGAGUUUUAUAAUGGCCAGAAGACAUAUGUAUAUGGCGACCUAUACCGAUAUGAUGUCGAUAAGCAGGAGUGGAAGUUAAUUUCAAGCCCGAACAGUCCACCUCCUCGCAGCUCUCAUCAGGCAGUUGCUUGGAAGAAUUAUCUCUACAUAUUUGGUGGUGAAUUUACAUCUCCAAAUCAAGAGCGGUUUCAUCACUACAAGGACUUUUGGAUGCUGGACGUGAAAACUAACCAAUGGGAACAGUUAAAUUUGAAAGGAUGUCCUACUGCACGUUCUGGUCAUCGUAUGGUAUUAUACAAGCACAAGAUUAUCAUUUUUGGUGGCUUUUAUGACACUCUACGUGAAGUAAGGUAUUACAAUGAUCUCUAUGUGUUUGACCUCGAUCAAUACAAGUGGCAAGAAGUAAAGCCUAAGCCUGGUGCAAUGUGGCCUACAGCUAGAAGCGGUUUCCAGUUUUUUGUUUAUCAAGAUGAGAUAUUCUUAUAUGGUGGUUAUUCAAAAGAAGUCUCAUCAGAGAAAAGCUCUGAGAAAGGAAUAGUUCAUGCAGAUUUGUGGUGUCUUGAUCCCAGAACUUGGGAAUGGAACAAAGUGAAGAAAAUUGGGAUGCCUCCUAGCUUCCGUGCUGGAUUUUCGGUUUGUGUCCACAAAAAGCGUGCUUUGCUGUUUGGUGGUGUCGUCGACAUGGAAAUGGAAGGUGAUGUAAUGAUGAGUUUAUUCUUAAAUGAACUCUAUGGCUUCCAGUUAGAUAAUCGCCGCUGGUACCCCAUAGAGUUACGAAAAGAGAAAUCAUCGAAAGAUAAGGCAAAGAAGAGUUUGGAGGCAAAACCAAUGGCAUCUAAUGAUGAUGAUGAUGAGAUGGAAUCAGCAGAAGAAGAUGAAUUAUCGGCCAUUGUUGACGCGGCAGGCUCUUAUGAUGGAAUAUCUGAACGUAUGGCAGCAGGUCUAACUGUUGAGGGAAAUAAUAAGGCUAAAGCUAGACUGGAUCCACAAGUUUCUGUCUCAGAAGAGGUUGUAAAACCAUGUGGACGUAUUAAUUCUUGUAUGGUCGUUGGGAAGGAUACAUUAUACAUAUAUGGUGGCAUGAUGGAGAUAAAAGAUAAAGAAGUUACUCUUGAUGAUUUGUACUCGCUUAAUCUUAGCAAACUUGACGAGUGGAAGUGUAUCAUUCCGGCUAUGGAUGUUGAUGGAUCAGUGAAUGUGGGAGAAGUUGUGGCAAUGAUAAAAGGAGGAGGAAAAUCUCUCCGAAGAAAAGAGAAACGAGCUCGGAUAGAACAGAUUAGAGCUAAUCUUGGACUCUCAGAUUCACAGAGAACCCCAGUGCCUGGAGAAACUUUGAAGGAUUUCUAUAAGCGUACUAAUAUGUACUGGCAAAUGGCUGCCUACGAGCACACUCAACAUACCGGAAAGGAGUUGCGGAAGGAUGGUUUUGAUCUUGCGGAAACUCGGUAUCUGGAGCUCAAACCCAUUCUAGAUGAGUUGGCAAUACUUGAGGCAGAGCAAAAGGCUGAAGAAGCAGAAGGACCUGAGACUAGUGGUAGCUCUAGAAAGGGAGGAGGUAUUGCAAAGAAGAAGAGAUGAGAGGUUUUGCUGCUUUAGCAGAAAGUAUCAUAUAAUACAGUUGAAUAUCAGUUUUGAAGUAUGAUUCUUUCGUUACCUACUUAAUGCGAGGCUGUGACGCUUUUGUAACAAUUUUGAACUCUUUGAACUUAUCAAACUUUGAGCCAUUAUUAACUCUCGAUAAAGAAUUUUUAGCCAAACUUGAUCAGAUCCUAAA